AUGACCGACGCCCCUUCCGGCCUCAACGAGACCCUCAAUGCGACCGGGGAGAGCCGCCCCUCGGGGCCCGGCGCGGGGGACGAGCUGGCCGUGACCUGCGCCAUCGGGGCCCUGCUGUCCGCCAUGUGCGCCGUGGGGCUGGCCGGCAACGCGUACACGCUGCUGGUGGUGUGCCGCCCCCUGCGCGUGGCCGCCUCCAUGUACAGCUACAUCAUCAGCCUGGCGCUGGCCGACCUGCUGUGCCUGGCCACCGUGCCCUUCGUCGUGGCCACCUACUUCGCACAGGAGUGGUUGUUCGGUGAGCUGGGCUGCCGCCUGCUCUUCUGCCUGGACUUCCUGACCAUGCACGCUAGCAUCUUCACGCUGACCGCCAUGAGCACCGAGCGCUACCUGGCCGUGCUGCGGCCGCUGGACACGCUGCGGCGCUCCAAGGGCUACCGCAAGGCCGCCGCCGGGGCCAUCUGGCUCCUAGCGCUGCUGCUCAGCCUGCCCAUGCUGCUGGUGGUCCGUCUGGAGCCCGGCGGCCCCAAGCGCCUCUGCCUGCCCUCGUGGGGCUGGGCCUCCCACGGCGCCUACCUGGUCCUGCUGUUCGGGUCGAGCAUCGUGGGGCCCGGCCUGGUCAUCGGCUACCUGUACGGCCGCCUGGUCAGCACGUACUGGCGCGGCCCCGGGGGGAGCGGGCGGCAGCGGCGGCGGCGGCCCGAGCGGCAGAAGGUGCUGUGCCUGAUCCUGGCCAUCGUGCUCGCCUUCUGGGCCUGCUUCGUGCCCUUCUGGACCUGGCAGCUCGUGCUGCACUUCUGCCGGCCGCUCCCGCUCGGGCCCCGGGCCGCCCGCAGCGUCAACUACCUGACCACGUGCCUCACCUACGGCAACAGCUGCGUCAACCCCUUCCUCUACACGCUGCUCACCCACAACUACCGCCGCUCCCAGCAAGGCCGCCCGCGCGCCCCCGCCUCCUGGGGCCCCCGCCCGGCCCGGCGCGGCCCGUCCGGAGCCUCGCUGGCCACCAGCAGCCAGCUGGGCACCGAGACCUUGGCGCUGGCACGGGUGGCGGGGAGUGCCGGCUGGGCCUGA